AUGGGCAUUAAAGGACUUCAUGGCCUUCUCAAAUCAAUCCAGAAACCAUGCCACCUGAAGAAGUUCAGUGGGCAAACCCUAGGGGUGGACGCAUAUGGGUGGUUACAUCGUGGAACGGUUGCUUGUGCCGUUGAUCUGGUGCUGGAUAGGCCCACGACCAAGCACAUUGAUUUCGUCCUAAGCCGAGUCCGCAUGCUUUUGUACUUUGGGGUUUCGCCCUAUCUUGUUUUCGAUGGUGAUGAUUUACCAAGCAAAUCUGGUACGGAGCUGGACCGACAGCAGAGACGCAGGGAGAGUAAGGCUCUCGGGUUGGAGCUCUACCGGAAAGGACGAAAUGCAGAGGCGUACCAAGAACUUCAGAAAGCCGUCGACGUGACACCGGUGAUGGCGCGCCAGUUAAUUGAAGAACUGAAGAAACUGGAUGUGCAAUAUGUGGUUGCUCCGUAUGAAGCUGAUGCACAACUGGUAUAUCUGGAGCAACACGGCUUUAUUGACGGCAUCAUCUCUGAGGACUCCGAUUUGCUUGUGUUUGGUGCAAGGCGACUGCUAUCCAAGCUUGAUCAGCACGGCGACUGCAUUGAGAUUAACCGAGCUGAUUUCAGUGCCUGUCGAGAAGUCAGCUUUGUAGGUUGGACGGACGCUGAAUUCAGACGCAUGUGUAUCCUCAGCGGCUGCGACUACUUGCCCAACAUUUCUCGGAUUGGGCUAAAAACCGCCUAUCGCAGCAUUCGAAAGUUCAAGAAUGUGGAAAAGGCUCUCCGGAUGUUACAGUACGAGGGCCAGUACCAUGUCCCCGCUGAUUACCUCCAGAAUUUCAAGCAGGCUGAACUUACGUUUCUGUACCAGCGCGUGUUCUGCCCGAAGGCUGGUAAACUUGUGACAUUGACGCCGCCUGAGGAAGGUGUGAACAUCGAAGAACUUGCAUUCAUUGGUGAUGACAUGAACCCUGAGACUGCUGUCGGAGUCGCUCGCGGCGAUCUGGACCCCACAACAAAAGAAACGCUUGAAUUGAAGCCACUGGAUUCCAUCAAAGCGGAGCACAAGAAGAUGCUUCCUUCGUUGGAUCGGCGGCAAACUCUUGGCUCGUUAUCCGAACUCAAACCAUCGAAGCCUAUCAAUUCAUUCUUCACCCCUAAACGCGUUCCACUUGCCGAGUUGGACCCAAACAGCCUUACACCUUCGCCGAGCCAACAACGACUGCUUCAGCGUCAUGCAAAUACCUCCUGGGACGCUAGCCCUGCUCAAUCCCAGCCACUAGGCGCGAGAUCUGCUCCUACAACCGGGCCGGUCAAUAGACUCUCGAGUCCACUUGUGAGAAGUGCAGAGCGGUCUUCGUUUUUAGCGCGCGCUUCGAAGUUAUCAACCCUGCAGCCUGCCAAACGCCAAAGGCUGUGCUCGGAGACUGAUGAAGCUAGCCCCGUCAGUACACCAGGAGGCCGCAGCCGCUUCUUUGCAGUCGGUUCGAGCGAGUGUACCCCUAGUGGAGGACAAAAGUCUACUCGCACCAAAAAAGCGCGCAAGUCUACGCUAGAUGUUUUCUCGGACGAUGUGGCGGAAGACAUCAUGUCGCAACUUGUCGACCCGAGUCAAGCACCUGAGAAGCAGGAUUGCUGCGAAUCUUCGAAAGUUCCUAGCAAGAAUACCGAGGCAAAUAGCGAAGAAGUCCAGACUCCGGCGACCCUGAAAGAUGCAGCCGUUAGCGCGCAGGCCAAUCGCAAGGAACAAAUCCUCAAUAGCUCGGUUGAUUGCGAGACGCAGUCUAAAACAGUGAGCGCAGACUCUGACCCUCAAGUUUUCCAUCAGGUGCUCGACUAUCACAUCAAAACACAAAAUUCUGCGAUACUCUCAAAAUACCGCUUCAAGGCUGAUGCUAAUGCGACUAGCUUUAACCUAGAGGCCUCAGCCGUAAGGGCACCGGGAACUGGACCGGUGCCAAAACUGGGUAGUAACUUGCUCAGAACCUCUCAACCCAAGAGGCUCACGCCCUUGCAACGUCUAGGUCAAAAUGCUUUGGCAAGGUCACGAUCCAUGAAUAGCAUGCCUACAUCUCCUUUGACAUGGAGCACUUCGGCUGCAAGUGAGAAAAGACUCUCUUUAACCCCAAGCGAUCCGAGUCCUGCACCCAGUCAGGGUAGCGAAGAUCUGAUAGUCCCAGAUAGCGAAGAGGAAGACAAGGGUGAUGAAGAUGGCGACGAUACUAGUCGAGCAAGGCUGGCAGCUUUGGAUCUCAAGCGAUUCUCUUUCACGACUAAGUAG